UGACUGGGAAGUGUAUAAAAAGCAGAGCCGAGAAGUUGUCAGCUCAUACCUACAGACUUGGCCUUUAAGGGUCACCAAGCGCUGCGGGAGGAGCUGAAAGGCAACCAUCAGUCACCACUGCCGGCGGUGCCAGGGGCUGGAGAACCGGGAGAAACUGGAAACUCCUCAGACGAACAAAGUGUUUUACCAUGAAGUCGGCAUGCCUGCUCAUCGUGGCUUCUCUCGCGCUCUGCUACCUGACGGUGUCGCACGGACAGGGCAUCUCUGCUGAGGAUGAGGCGGACCGAGGGACCACCAUAGACGACAUCAUCCUACAGAGAGCAGAAAGCCUCCUGUUGCGAUCCAUUCUCAAAAAGCUGCAGGAUGGAAACGGUCCAAGCGAAGGGCUUUUCUCUCAGCCUGAAUGGGUGACAAAACGACAGCAUCCCGGCAAGAGGUUCAGCGAGAAGCGGCAGCAUCCAGGCAGGAGAGAGGAGGAGGAAGAGGAGGACGAGCAGUUCCUGGAGGUGCAGAGGAGGCAGCACCCGGGCAAGCGCGAAGACGAGGUGCGCGCCUUCGUCGCGGGGCUCCAGAAAAGACAGCACCCGGGAAAGCGCGCCGCGGCGGGAGGACAGCUUUCUGACAGCCCCCUCAGUCUGCUCAGUGAACUGUCCAAACGGCAGCACCCAGGCAAGCGGUACCUGGUGAUGCACAGCAAGCGCCAGCAUCCAGGUAAGCGUUACCUCGAGGACGGGGACAGUGACUGGAACGCGGACGCAGAUGAAGACUUCGCUGAGUUGGAGAAGCGCCAGCACCCCGGGAAACGAUUAUGGGAUAACGGCAGCCCGGAAUUAAGCACCGGCAGCCCGUGUGAUGUUUUGGACCCUGACAGCUGCAGUAAGACCAGCCUGCUGCUCGACUUUCUGGACAACAUCAAGAGUCACGCCGAGGAGAAGAGGCAGCACCCGGGGAAAAGGUUUGCGCCUGAGGAAGAUUUAGAAGGAGAGUGAACAAAAAGUCUGCUCUAAUUUACCGAAGAAGAAAAAUGUAUAUGAAUGAAUAAAAUAAGAGAAUUUUAUCUGAGUUAUAGUAGCCUAUAUUUAUCUGAUAUUUCCUUUGGAGCGCUUGUGCGUAAUUGUUUCUCCAAACCGGGAACUUUGCUGUACAUACGGUUUACCAAGAGUCGGUAUCACAUGUUUAUUCAUAUGUCUUUCUUUCUUUGACUAUUUUACGACUUAUUAUGUUCAUUAGAAUAUUUGUGUUUACACCAAAUCGUAGGAUUAUUACAAUAUUGGCUUCAGCGACGUUGCCUCUGUGAGGCAACUCACUUGUGAUGGAGAGGAGGUGCUGGUCACGCUUGAAGCAAAAAAAAAAAAUCUUAUAUUGGUUGAUUUGUGUUUUUAUUUUCUACUGCUUACAUCAAAUAUAAAGAAGUCUACAGCAAA